AUGGAUGAAAGGUCCCAUGAUAGAGCUGAACAUGAGGUAAAGCGCGAUCCUGACCGUAAAGGUACUGAGAAAGAGAAACCCCGGGCAAAAAUGCUCAAGAAUGAAGGGAAGGGCCCGGUGCCUGCCGGUGGAAGUUCAAAAUCCAAAAAAAGGUUUAAACGCAACAAAGAGCAGACAACCAGGCCGUCUGCUCAGCACAAGCUUGUGGUCCGUAUGCUACCGCCCAAUCUGACAGAAAGGCUUUUUUUCGAGACUUUGCACGGUGAAUUGGGCGCAGACGCCGGACACGAAGCAGGCGUGCAAUUUUUGGCGCAGAACGUGGAUUCUCGGUAUUAUGUCCCGGGUCACUUCUCUAAGAAACCAUUCAAGUUGCCAACGUUUUCUCGAGCGUAUUUGACGUUCUAUGAAGUGGCCAAGCUGAAAGAGUUUGUGGGGAAAAUCAAGAAUUUGAAGUUCACAGAUGACACUAACACUUCGAUGAUACCCUCUACCACUAUGAGUCCGUACGUGAAACGGCUAAGAGUUGACGACAGUAAGGGUGUAAAAAAUAGCAAGGCAGUUUUAGAAGGCACGAUCGAGAAGGACAAAACGUUCCAGAUGUUUUUGAAGUCUACAGCACUAAUGAACGAACACAAGGAAGAGUUUGGGUACGCUGAGCUCAGCGUCAUCCACCCUCUGCAGAAGGCGCUGGAUCGCAAGCGGGAAGAAGAGGCCAGAAUCAAAAGUCAAGGAGAGAGCGCUAUUGUUGCAUUGACGGGCGAAGUGGCCAAAGAAAAGACUAAGAAGAACAAUAAGAAUAAGGGCAAAACCAAGGCAAAGAGCAACCAGACUGGUGAAGUAGCAGAGCCAAAGAAAAAAUCUAAAAAAAGCACGCAGCGUGGCGCCCAGGACAAGCAGAAUGUAGUCAUUAUCGAGGAAGCCGGACGGCGUGAAUUGCAGAGAAGAGAAAGAAUCAAAAAAAUGAUUGAAAAGGAAUCUAAAUUGGGAAUGGGCAGCACCGAGAGUGUUGUUGAUCCCAAGGUCAAGCCCAAGAAGAAAGCGGCCAAAAAGCCGAAAUCCAAGAAGAAGCCCAACUCGAAAGGCAAAAAGAAAGACAGCGCAGCCAGGCCAGGAUCGUCGGCGUCGUCUGCUGCAAAUGAAGGCGUUAGUCACAAGGCCCCUCCCGAACCCGUGGCCGGAUGA